AUGAUACCAGUGAUGAUGAUGAAGAGGUGAGUUUUUGAAGGGGGAAUUUGAAAAUUUAUGAAAUUUUUAGGCUUUUGCAAAAAAAUUGACCUAAAAAUCAUAUUUUUGGUCAAAUUUCUGCAGUUUGCUUAAAUUUUUCAUGAAAAAUCUGAAAAUUAAAGAUUUUCUUAAAAAUCUGGCUGAAAAUUGUCAAAAUUUCAGUCAAAAUUUCGUCAAAAAUCCCAAAUUUCAAGAUUUUGCACCAAAUUUGACCUAAAAAUCAUAAUUUUGAUCAAAUUUCAUGUUACCAGCUCAAAAUUCUGCAAUUUCCUUGAAAUUUUCAUGAAAAAUCUGAAAAUUAAAGAUUUUCUUAAAAAUCUGGCUGAAAAUUGUCAAAAUUUCAGUCAAAAAUUCUGCAAUUUGCUUAAAUUUUCCGUCAAAAAUCACCAAAUUUGCAUUGAAAAUUUACCUAAAUUUCAAGAUUUUUGAACCAAAAUUGGCCUAAAAACAUCACAUUUUUGAUCAAAUUUCAUGAAAAAUCUGAAAAUUGAAGAUUUUCCUCAAAAUCUGGCUGUAAAUUGGAAAUUUCAGUCAGAAUUUCGUCAAAAAUCACAAAUUUCAAAAUUUUUCCAUCAAAAUUCACCUUAAAAAUCAUAUUUCAUGAAAAAAUCUGAAAAUUAAUGAUUUUCUUCAAAAUCUGGCUGUAAAUUGUCAAAAUUUCAGUCAAUUUUGUCAGAAUUUCGUCAAAAAUCACCAAAUUUGCAUUAAAAAUCCUAAACUUCAAGAUUUUUCACCUAAAAAAUCAGAUUUUUUGAUCAAAUUUCAGUUACCAGCUCAAAAUUCUGUAAUUUUCUCGAAUUUUUCAUGAAAAAUCAGAAAAUUAAAGAUUUUCUUCAAAAUCUGGCUGUAAAUUGGAAAUUUCAGUCAAAAAUCCCAAAAUUCUGCAUUUUUCCAUCAAAAAUCCACAUAUAAGGUUGAAUUUCAUGAAAAAUCUGAAAAUUGAAGAUUUUCCUCAAAAUUUGGCUGUAAAUUGUAGAAGUUUCAGCUCAAAAUUCUGCAAUUUUCUCAAAUUUUUCAUGAAAAAUCUGAAAGUUAAAGAUUUUCUUCAAAAUCUUAGUGUAAAUUAGAAACUUAAUUCCAAAUUUCGUCAAAAAUCCCAAAUUUCAAAAUUUUUCCAUUAAAAAUCCCAAAUUUCAAGAUUUUUGCACCAAAAAUCAUAUUUUUGAUCAAAUUUCACGAAAAUCCAAGUUCUCAGCCCAAAAUUCUGCAAUUUUCUCGAAUUUUUCAUGAAAAAUCUGAAAUUUAAAGAUUUUCUUCAAAAUCUGGCUGAAAAUUGGAAAUUUCAGUCAAAAUUUCGUCAAAAAUCCCAAAUUUCAAGAUUUUUCCAUCAAAAAUCCACAUUUAAGGUUAAAUUUCAUGAAAAAUCUGAAAAUUAAAGAUUUUUUCAAAAUCUGGCUGAAAAUUUCGUCAAAAAUCCUCAUUUCCAGGGCAACGUGUUCAGCGUCGAAUCAAUUCUCAACAAACGAAUCUCAAAAAGGCGGAAAAUCGGAAUAUCUCGUCAAAUGGGCCGGUUUUCCGGAAGAUGACGCAACUUGGGAACCAGAAGACAAUUUAUCGUGUCACGAUUUGAUUGCCGAGUUUGAGAGAGAAAAUGUGAGCAUUUUUGGGGCAAAAUGAAGAUUUUACGUGAAAAUUUGGGGAAUUUUCAAUUUUUCUAGCUAAAAAUACGAGAAAAUUCAAUUUUUCUAUAGAAAUUUGGGGAUUUUUCUAGCAAAACUAGCUGAAAAACACAAUUUUUCCUUUAAAAAACCCAAAAAUUUGAAUUUUCAAUGUAAAAAUCAUCAAAAAUCCUUAUUCUCACAUAAAAAUCCGAAAAACUCGAAUUUUUGACCAGAAAUUCCAAUUUUAAAUUAAAAAACAGCGAAAAUUCGAAAUUUCCCAUUAAAAAAAACCCUUCAAAUCUCCUCCCAACUCUCAUUUUACCCGAAAAUUUGAAUUUUUAAUGUAAAAAUCAUCAAAAAUCUUAUUUUUUACCCAAAAACCCGAAAAACUUGAAUUUUUGACCAGAAAUUCCAUAUUUUCAUCAAAAAACAGCGAAAAUUCGAAAUUUUCCAUUAAAAACCCUUCAAAUCUCCUCUCAACUCUAAUUUUACCCGAAAAUUUGAAUUUUUAAUGUAAAAAUUUUAAAAAAACCCAAAUUUUCCAUUAAGACCCCCAAAAAACUUGAAAUUUUGACCAGAAAUUCCAAAUUUUCAUCAAAAAACAGCGAAAAUUCGAAAUUUUCCAUUAAAAACCCUUCAAAUCUCCUCCCAACUCUCAUUUUACCCGAAAAUUUCUAUUUUUCAAGUAAAAAUCAUCAAAAACCCAAAUUUUUCACCCAAACACCCGAAAAACUUGAAUUUUUGACCAGAAAUUCCAAAUUUAUAUAAAAAAACAGCGAAAAUUCGGAAUUUUCCAUUAAAAACCCUUCAAAUCUCCUCCCAACUCUCAUUUUACCCGAAAAUUUGAAUUUUUGUUGUAAAAAUCAUCAAAACCCAAAUUUUUCACGAAAAACUUGAAUUUUUGACCAGAAAUUCCAAAUUUAUAUAAAAAAACAGCGAAAAUUCGGAAUUUUCCAUUAAAAACCCUUCAAAUCUCCAAAUUUUACCCGAAAAUUUCUAUUUUUCAAGUAAAAAUCAUCAAAAACCCAAAUUUUUUCACCAAAAGACCCAAAAAACUCGAAAUUUUGACCAGAAAUUCGAAAUUUUUCAUCAAAAAUCAGCGAAAAUUUGAAAUUUUUUACAAAAAACAGCGAAAAUUCGAAAUUUCCCAUUAAAAACCCUUCAAAACCCCUCCCAACCCCAAUUUCUUCCAGAAAAAAGAGAAAUCCAACAAAGAUGAGUUGGAUUCACAAGAAUCGGAAGAUGUUGAUAACAAACAACUUCGUUGUAUUGUCGGAUUGACAAAAGCGCCGGGAGAAUUGCAUUUUUUGUGCAAAUUCACUGAUGACACUGCCAUGUUGUUGCCAGCUAAAGAAGUCAAUUCACGGUGAGCAUUUUGAGACCGAAUUUGGGAAUUUUUCAUGAAAAUUGAGCCAGAAAUGUGAGAUUUUGAUUAAAAAAUUGAUGGAAUUGUGAAAAUUUGAGCUAGAAACUUUGAAAUUCAUGAAAUUUGACCUAAAUUUCGAGGUUUGAUAAAAAUAUGUUGAAAAUUAUCUAAAAUUUGAGCUGAAACCUUGAAAAUUUGAUUUUUCAUGAAAAUUGAGCCAGAAAUGGGAAAUUUUGAUAGGAAAAUUGCGAAAAUUUGACCAGAAACCUUGAAAAUGGUUGUUUUCUUUGAAAAUUGUGAAAAAUUCAACCCUAAAAUUGUUUUUGAGGAAAAUUUGAGCUUGAAACUUUGAAAUUCAAAUUUUACGUGAAAUUUGAGGUUCAGAAAUGUUGAAAAUUAUCUAAAAUUUGAAAAAACUGAGAAAUUAUGAACCAGAAAUCUUGAAAAUGGUUAUUUUCAUGAAAAUUUAUUAGAAAAAUUUGAAAUUUUUUCUGGAAAAUUUGAUUUUUUAAAUUUUUAAAAUGAUUUUUAUUGGGGAAAUUUUGAGAAAGCCUUUUGAAAUUCAAAAUUUUCAUGAAAUUUUGUAGCUGGAAACCUUGAAAAUUUGAUUUUUGCAUGAAAAUUGAGCCAAAAAUAUGAAAUUUUGAUACAAAAUCUGGAAAAAUUGCGAAAAUUUGAGCUAGAAAUUUAUUUUCCAUGAAAAAUCAUUAUUUUUAUUGGGGAAAUUUUGAAAAAACCCUUUUUCAUGAAAUUUUGAACUGAAACCCUUGAAAAUUUGAUUUUUCAUGAAAAUUGAGCAAGAAAUGUGAAAACCUACGGUUUUUAUUGAAAAUUUGAUUUAAAAACCUCAUGAAAUUUUGAGUUAAAAACCUUGGAAAUUUGAAUUUUCAUGAAAUUUUGAACCCGAAAAGGUUGAAUUUUGAUAGAAAAUCUGGAAAAAUUGCAAAAAAAUUGAAUUUUUGAUGAAAAUUUCAAUUUUUUUCAAAAAAAAAUUUAAAAAAUUCAAUUUUCCUCCCAAAAACGCGGAUUUCUAGCCAAAAACCAUCAAAAAGACAUGAAAAUUUCACUCCAAAAACCUGAAUUUUCCCCAAUUUUUGCAGCUAUCCAAAUCAUGUCAUCCGCUUCUACGAAUCUCGCCUAAAAUUACACGAUAACUAUACAACUUCAUAA